AUGCCUGAGGUGUGGAUUGAGGAGAUAGUGACUCGUAUCCAGGAUGAGACUGAGGGCGUUCCCAUCAGAACUGUCAAGAGCUUCCUGACCAAGAUACCCAGCGUCGUCACAGGUGCAGACAUAAUACAGUGGCUGAUGAAGAACCUGGCCAUUGAAGAUCCAGCUGAGGCCAUCCACAUCGGGAGUCUGAUUGCUGCUCAGGGAUAUCUCUUCCCCAUCUCUGAUCACGUUCUGUCACUCAAAGACGAUGGAACCUUCUAUCGCUUCCAGGCUCCAUAUUUCUGGCCUUCUAACUGCUGGGAGCCAGAGAACACAGACUAUGCUAUCUAUCUGUGCAAGAGGACCAUGCAGAACAAGACUCGUCUGGAGCUGGCUGAUUAUGAGGCGGAGAGCCUAGCCAGACUGCAGAGAGCCUUCACUAGGAAGUGGGAGUUUGUCUUCAUGCAGGCCGAGGCUCAGGUCAAGAUCGACACGAAAAAGGAUAGAAUUGAGAGGAAGAUUCUAGACAGUCAAGAAAGAGCUUUCUGGGAUGUCCACAGGCCUGUGCCAGGUUGUGUGAACGUCACAGAGAUGGACAUCAGGAAAUGCAGACGUAUGAAGAACCCACAGAGAGUCAAGAAGUCAGUGUAUGGACUGAUAGAGGAGGGUCGGUCACAGAGCCCGGUACACAGACCCUCACAACUAGCCAGGAAAGGCACCAAAGAGGACGUGGAGAAAGAGAUUGUGUUUCUUAACAGCCAGUUGGACCGACACUGUAUAAAGGUUUCAAAAGUCGCUGAGAGUCUGAUGACCUACACUGAGCAGUACCAGGAGUAUGACCCGUUUGUGAUGUCACCAGAACCCUCCAACCCCUGGACCAGUGACGACCUCUCAUUCUGGGACCUGGAGGCCAGUAAGGACCCCAGUCAACAGAGAGUGAGGAAGUGGGGUUUUUCUCUAGAAGAAGCUCUGAAGGAUCCGGCAGGUCGCGACCAGUUCCUCAAGUUCCUGGAAUCAGAGUUCAGCUCAGAGAACCUACAGUUUUGGUUGGCUGUCCAAGAUCUGAAGAGGCAGCCUCUGGAGAACGUGGCAGAACGGGCUCGGGAGAUCUGGACAGAGUUUCUGGCAGAAGGCGCUACCAGCUCCAUCAACCUGGACUCGCACAGCUACGAACGCACCAGCGUCAACCUUAAAGACCCGGGACGAUACAGCUACGAAGACGCUCAGGACCACAUCUAUAAGCUGAUGAAGAGUGACAGCUACACACGGUACCUCCGCUCCAACGCUUACCAGAACCUUCUGAUGGCCAGGAAGAAGCCUGAGACGGAGCAGCAGCAGGGAAGACGCACCUCUCUGGAGAAGUUCACACGCAGCGUGGGCAAGUCACUGACGGGCAAACGGCUGACGGGCCUGAUGUCCUGAACCAGGCCUGGGGCUAGAGUAAGACAGCCAUGCCCACUGGAGCUGAUCCACUGUGGGGAGAGUGGUGUUGAGGCUUAGAGGCCUUACUGGGGCCUGGACACAACGUCGCCCACAUAACUGACUCCAGAUCAGUUUCCUGAGCUCCAGCGGAGGACAGACAUCAUGCAAUAAGUCACUUAGAUCUGACACUGGGCGAGUGGCUGCGUCUCAAGUGGCACCAUGUCGUCUUAUAUAGUGCACUAUUUCUGACUCGAGCCCAUGUGAUUUGUGUAAUCCAUACAAGAAAGUGUACACUUUGGAGACUGGCAACAUCCUAGCCUGGGCAUUAGUCUAAAGUAGUGGAGACUGGCAACAUCCUAGCCUGGGCCUUAGUCUAAAGCAGUGUACUAUGAAGACAAUAAGGUGCGAUUUGGGACGCAGACACUGUAGUUUAUCAACAUAACUCUGCCUGCUCUCUCUGGCUCUCUCUCUCUGGCUCUCUGUCUCUCUCUCUCUCUCCCUGUCUCUCUCUCCCUGCCUCUCUCUCUCCCUCUGUCUCUCUGUCUGUCUCUCUCUCUCUGUCUCUCUCUCUCUCCCUCUCUGGCUCUCUCUCUGUCUCUCUCCCUCUCCCUUCUGGCUCUCUCCCUCCCUCUCUGGCUCUGUCUCUCUCUCUGGCUCACUUUGGCUCUCUCUCUCUCUCUGGCUCUCUCUCUGGCUCUCUCCCUCUCUGUCUCUCUCUCUAUCUGGCUCUCUCCCUCUCUGGCUCACUUUGGCUCUCUCUCUCUGGCUCUCUCCCUCUCUGUCUCUCUGGCUCUCUCCCUCUCUGUCUCUCUCUCUCUCUGUCUCUGGCUCACUUUGGCUCUCUCUCUCUGGCUCUCUCUCUCUCUGUCUCUCUGGUUCCUUUAAUAGAUUCUAUAACCAAACGGAACGUCAGACUUCUACUUUAUCUCAGCUCAUGUUACUACUGUAUAAAACCUUUAUUAUAUAAACAUAAAAAUGGUUAAAUGAUGUUUAUAAUGGAUUUAGAAUAAGCACCUUAUUUUCAUUCGCCACUCUGAAGUAGACCAGUAUAUGGAAAGGGGAACAUUACGGUCUGUUCUGCUCUUUCUACUGAGUUUUUCAGCCUUGAUUUGAUUUUAGUUACUUAAAAAAUAAAAAAAUAAAAAAAAAGAGUUUGAAUGACACACCCUAAUUAACAAAAUAAAAUAAAAAUCCCCAUUCCAAAAUGUUGUUUG